UUAAACAAUCAACUAUGUUCUCAAUUAUCGUAGCCUUCUGCGCCUUCUCGGCUGUAGCCCAGGCCGGUCUCCUGGUGGAGCCGCACUACUCCUCGGCCGCCGCCGUCUCCUCGCAGAGCAUCGUGCGCCACGACCAGCCCCAGCUCGCCCACAAGCUGGUCGCUGCCCCCGUCGCCUAUCACGCCGCUCCCGCUCAUGUUGAAUACCACUCCGCCCCCGCCCCCAUCGCCUACCACGCUGCUCCUGCCGCUGUCCACUACGCUGCUCCUGUUGCUAAAGUUGUUGCCCACCACGAGGAAGAAAUCGCUCACCCUAAAUACGAGUACACUUACUCCGUGGCUGACGGACACACCGGCGACAACAAGUCCCAGCAGGAGAGCCGCGACGGAGAUGUCGUGAAGGGCUCCUACUCUUUCCACGAGGCUGACGGCUCCAUCCGUACCGUGGAGUACACCGCCGACGACCACAGCGGCUUCAACGCCGUGGUGCACAACACCGCCCCCACGCCCGCGCCCGCCGUGCUCAAGGCUGCUCCCGUCGUCCUCAAGACCUCGCCCGUCUACUACCACCACUAAAUUACACGUGGUUAUUUAUACCAAAGAAGAGUUGAUUAGAAUAUUUGUUUAACGGUUAUUUAUACGAUAUAUGUAUUAAAAUUGUUGAAAAAUGUA